CCAUAACAUAAACACCAUUCAUCAAAUCAAACAAACACAUUCUCUCCUCUGUUUUUCAAUUAGACUCGAUAAACAAAAUCCAUGGCUUACUCUAAAAUUCUCUUUUUCUUAAUCCUUAUUCGAUUCCUUUGUUUUGCAACUAUCAAGGCACAAGACUCUACUUUUCUGUAUUCCAUUUGUUCCUCCAAUCGUACCACAACCAAUAGCACCUACCAAAUCAAUACCAGGACACUCCUCUCUUCUUUAUCAUCAAAAGCCGUCGGCAACACCGAAUUCUACAACACCACAGUCACUAGUAUAAACCCCUCUGAUUCUGUCUAUGGAUUGUUCAUGUGCAGAGGUGAUGUACUAUCUCAGUUCUGUCAAAAAUGCAUAGUUAAUGCAACAGAAAAACUGUCCUCAGACUCGGAUUGCCAUUUAUCCAAACGAGCUGUCAUUUGGUACGAGGAGUGCAUGGUUCGAUACUCCAACACCUCUUUCUUUUCCACUGUUUCUACACGUCCUGGUGUUUUUAUAAUGAACAGCAGUCUCAAUGUCUCAAACACAGAAAGCUUCAUGCCUUUAUUGUUUUCGACGAUGAAUAAAACUGCAGAGGAAGCAGCAGGUCCACUUACUGCUGACAACAAGAAAUUUGCCACAAAAGAAGCAAAGAUUUCUGAAUCUCAGACCCUUUACUGCCUAGCUCAGUGCACGCCGGACUUGUCACCCGGUGAUUGCAGAACCUGUCUUAAUAGUGCUAUUGAGGAACUUCCUAGCUGUUGUGAUGGAAAGGUGGGUGCGAGAGUUGUUUUUCCUAGCUGUAAUAUUAGGUAUGAACUAUAUCCUUUUUAUAGGUCUAUUAAUGCUCCUUCACCAAAUGAGCUUGUUCCUCAAACAAAUCAUUCAACCCAAGAUUCUAGAUUUUCACAAGAUCCAUUUUAUCUUUCCUAUAAUUGCUCAAGAAACCACAGUAAAAUCACUAACAAAAACUUCAAAUUACUUCUCUCUUAUUUGUCCUCCAACGCCACAAAUGGCGGAAAUUUCCAAAAAGUAAAAGUGGAAGAAAUGGUGUACGGCCUCUUCAUGUGUCGAGGUGACCUUCCCGUUCACCUCUGCGGUCAAUGUGUUAAAAAUGCAACGGAUCAAAUAUACUCAAAGUGUCUUUCAUGUCCUAAGGGCAUAAUUUGGUACAGCCACUGCUUGGUUCGCUAUUCAGAUCAAAAAAUCCUCUCUAACAUUGAAACAAGUCCUAUGUAUAGAGAUAUAAAUAUCACUGAUUACACCACAAACCAAAACUGGUUCACUAGUACCUUAUCGAAUCAGUUAUCUCAACUUGCGAAUGAUACAGGGGACAGUGAUGAAAGAUAUAAGACUAAUUCAUUAAAACUGAAUGAUGUACAAACCUUGUAUAGUCUUGGACAAUGUACGCGAGAUUUGUCUAGUGAGGGUUGCGCUACUUGUCUAAAUAAUGUGAUCACUACAUCAAUUCCAUGGUCAAAUUUCGGUAGUGUUGGGGGAAGAAUUAUCUAUCCUAGCUGCAAUCUGAGGUUUGAAUUGUUCCCUUUUUACAUGGAGGGUGACGAAGCUCAGCCACCUGGGAGUCCACCUUUACCACGAAAUGCAGACAAACGGAAAAUUGUGUUCAUUGUUGUCCCUACAAUUAUUUCGGUGAUGUUAUUUUCUAUUAGCUACUAUUGGCUUAAGAAAAGGGGAAGAAAGAGUCGUAGGACUAUUCUUCGAGAAAAUUUUGGUGAAGAAAGUGCGACUUUAGAACCACUGCAAUUCGAUUGGGUGGUAAUUGAAGCAGCAACCAACAACUUUUCUAAGGACAAUUACAUUGGCAAAGGCGGGUUUGGAGAGGUUUACAAGGGUAUCCUUCUUGAUGGACGAGAAGUGGCUAUAAAAAGGCUUUCAAAAAGUUCAAAUCAAGGUGUAGAAGAGUUCAAGAAUGAAGUUUUAUUGAUAGCCAAGCUUCAACAUAGAAAUCUAGUGGCUUUUGUUGGUUUUUGCCUUGAAGAACAAGAGAAAAUACUUAUUUAUGAAUUUGUGCCCAACAAGAGUCUUGAUUACUUUCUAUUUGAUUCUCAACGGCAAAAGUUGUUAACUUGGGUUGAACGCUUCAACAUCAUAGGAGGUAUUGUUUGAGGGAUUCUUUAUUUGCAUGAAAAUUCUCGACUCAAAGUUAUACAUCGGGAUCUCAAACCUAGCAAUAUUCUAUUAGAUGAAAAUAUGAUUCCUAAAAUUUCUGAUUUUGGUUUGGCUCGAAUUGUUGAAAUAAGUCAAGACGAGGGAAGUACAAAUAGAAUAGUUGGAACAUUUGGUUAUAUGUCUCCAGAAUAUGCAAUGCUUGGACAAUUUUCUGAAAAAUCCGACAUUUAUAGUUUUGGAGUUAUGCUUUUAGAGAUUAUUGUUGGAAAGAAGAACAAAAGUUCAUUUACUCCACACCAUGUUGCUUAUGACCUCUUGAAUCAUGUAUGGAGACAAUGGAUGGAUCAAACACCUUUAAGUAUUUUGGACCCAAAUAUUCAAGAAGAUUAUUCUACAAAUGAAGUAAUUAAGUACAUUCAGAUUGGUCUAUUAUGUGUUCAAAAUGACCCGGAUGCUAGACCUUCAAUUGCGACAGUUGCUUCUUAUCUUAGCAGUUAUGCAAUUGAAUUACCAACUCCAAAAGAACCUGCGUUUUUCUUGCAUGGUAGAACUUAUUCGGACGUUCUUGCACUAGAAUCAAGUUCUACUCAAUCUGCCAAUAGUUCUGCACAAUUUUCAAACAAUCAAAUGUCGGCAAGUACUUUUAUUCCUCGAUAGUUUAUUAAAUUUUAUUUUAGUUGUAAAAUUGUUGUCAACAAACUAUGUUUUCUAGUAUCAAUUAGUAUAACUUUGAAAAGGAUUUAGGAAAUGAAUAUUUGUAAUAUGUAUCAUGCACGGGCUUUAUUGGAUUUUUUUUGUUGAUGAAUGGUGUAAUUUGUGUCAAAGUUGAUGUAAUUUACCUUUGAUGAUGUAUAAGUAAAUGCUUUACAAGGGAUGAUGCGUUAAGAAUUCAAAGUAGUCAU